AUGGUCUGGGAUGAGACUUUUCGCAUUGUACAUGACCUAGUCAACAAUGUCUGGAAGCGCGCUGACACAGUGCACAUCGACCACGUACUGGAGAUAACUCUACCGAUCUCGCUAUUCGUUAUUGGUGCCGCUGGUUUCGGUCGACGGCUGUCAUUCUCGGAAGAACUGGAGGUUCCGUACGGCUAUCAGAUGAACUUCAAGGACGCUCUGCAGAGUGUUUGCGAGAACAUCAUGAUCAAACUCGCCAUUCCUAGAGUUAUACUCGAUCUUACAAAGCGAUCUCGCAAGAUUAACGCAGCUUUCGAUGACCUGCAGAAAUACAUGCUGGACAUGAUCCACUCGCGGAAGCAACCGAGUAGGGAAGAGCGUCACGACCUAUUCAGUAGUCUCCUGGAUGCGGCUGACGACAAUUCGGAUGGCGAACGCAUACUGACUGACUCUGAACUCACGGGCAAUAUCUUCAUAUUUCUUCUAGCAGGGCACGAGACGACUGCGCACACUCUCGCGUUCUCACUCGCGCUUUUAGCUCUGUACCCGGACAAGCAAGAGAAGCUCUUUCAAGAGAUCGACCGCGUUUCGCGCGAUCUUGAUGGGUAUCCGGCGUACGAGGAAAUGCCCAGGUUCCCAUAUGCUAUGGCCGUGUUUUAUGAAACAUUGCGAAUGCGGCCACCCGCCGCGACGGUUAUCCCCAAAUACAGCACAGAAGAUACCGCGCUAAACGUGAAGGAUGCUGAAGGACGCAUGAGAACCAUUCCCAUUCCCAAAGGCACCGGCAUCAACAUCCAUACAGUCGGUCUUCACAAUAAUCCGCGCUACUGGGAGAGCCCCGACGAGUUCAUGCCCGAACGUUUUAUCGGAGAUUAUCCCAAGGACGCGUUUCUUCCGUUCAGCGGAGGUCCGCGCGCAUGCAUAGGACGGCGCUUCGCCGAAACUGAGGCGGUCGCUGUUCUAACAGUUCUCCUAUCGCAAUACCGCGCGCUUGUCAAGGAGGAUCCCAAGUUUGCUGGAGAGUCGCAUAAGCAGCGUCGGGCCCGGCUCCUGGAAUGCACCAACGGCAUCACCACUACGCCCGCCCACAUACCGCUCACGUUUGAGCGGCGCGUGCCGAUCUAG